AUGUCGGAUUUCGAACGAGAUGGAAAUCGACAACCUCCGGGCGGAAAGCGUAGGGGGAAGACGUUUUUGACCCCAGAAUUAGGGGGAUCGGGAGUCCGUCACGUUACGACGCGUAAAGUUUCUGCCUCAGCUCGACGGAAGAAACAAGCGCAUACUUCUCCCGAUGACGUCCGCAUUUCUGUUGAGGAUCUUAGAGAGUCUGAUGAUUUUGAGAGCUCAGAGGACGAGCCAAGUGAAAAAAUUUACAUUUCUAAACGGAAAAAGGGUGCAGGUGGUCGGUUCGUUGGCGACUCGUCAUCAGGGUCGAACAGACGACCUGAAGAGGUUGACGUGUGGACCGUUACUUGUCCAGUACCUGGUGGACCCGAGGAUGACACUGUUAUUCCUAGUUUUCUCGGGCAUGUCGCUUCUCGGCUAUGGGAUGGGGCGGACAGAGGCGUGCUGAAGUGUCAGACUAGACAUGGAGCUCUGAAGAAGCUGAGACAGUGGUAUGAGACGGCCUCAGAGGAGGUUAAGGUGCUGAUAGACGGGACUGAGAUAUCACAUCUCCCGUUUAUCAUGUUUGAUCAUCUAGAUAUCCCGCUCCUUUCUGCAUUUGUGGAGCGAUGGCAGUCAGAUACAAACUCUUUUCACAUGCCAUUCGGGGAGAUGACCAUCACAUUACAUGACGUGUGGCAUAUUCUUCGGAUUCCAGUUACUGGGGCUAUGGUUUCAGGUCAGCCGAAUAAGGCUCAGCUGAUGGCUUACUGCGUACAGAUUUUAGGUAUUUCACCAGAGGAUCUAGUGAGUAAGACGAGCAAGCAUUUUGCCCAGGGAGGUGUGAUGAUUGAGUCGAUCAUCAGCUUAUGUAGGCAUGGCCGUACUGCAGAGGUGGAGGCGAUAGCCUGGAUCUGGUUGACGUUAGGUUGCACUCUAUUCACUGACAAGAGUGGCCAUCGGAUUAGACCUGCAACCAUAUGGGAGGUGCGGGACGGAGUCACAGAUACGAGUACAGUUUCCUGGGGCUCAGCUACACUAGCUUAUCUCUAUCGGCAGCUUGGAAUCUCAUCGAGAGGAGACUGCUCGGGUUUGACUGGGUGUCUGACACUGCUGCAGACAUGGAUUUAUGAGUACUUUCCAUGCUUCUGGCCCCAGCGAGAGCGGCUGUUGAUCGAGUCUCAUCUUCCUCGAGCUUCUAGCUGGAGUGCUACUGCGUCAGAUUGUUCAGCCACCCGACUUCGGUCCUUGCGAGCUCGUUUGGACACGCUGACUGCUGAGGAGAUCACAUGGCUCCCUUUUGGCGGCGAGCCUGCUGCCAGCGCAGAGCACACUGCAUAUUAUGGCUGGAUAGCGUACCGGGACAUUGUCGAGCCGUACAUGCCGUCUAGGGUGCUGCGACAGCUGGGUUAUGUGCAGACUGUACCUGUGCCAAUUUGUCGGCCAAUAGGGGUUGUUAGGUCCUGGAAGUCACUCAAGUACUCUGUGGACAUGAGUGUGACGAUUGCGGUUGACAUGUGGAACGCUUUUCCGGUCAUGUACAAGCUGCCGUUAAUGGGAUUUGAGGAAGCCCACGUUAUUGCUGGAGGAUGCCAUCCAGCGUACCUGGACUGGUUCGAGCGCCAUUCGCACCCCCGUAUCCUUCCUGGCAGAGAUCUUCCACGACGACAUCCUCCCCGCAGCAACAACGAUUAUUGGAUGACGCUGAUGGUCACCGAGUUCGAGCAUUUCAUCCAAAAAGUCAGCACGAUUACCGCCCAACAUAGACAGCACUGCGAAUUUGACGGCAUUCCGGAGUUGGAGACUGAGACGGAGGAGGCCAGCACUACUUUGGAGAGAGUCGUUGCCGCUUGGCGCAGUGCUGACUGA